AUGGCGACGGAGGACGAGUUGCGGGAGCUUCUCCCGAAGAUGCGCUUCAACAAGGAGUUCAAGAAGAAGCAGAAGUACAAGUAUAAGAAACGCGUCGAGGCGCGCGAGAAGGAGCGUGAGAUGAUCACCGGCAAGGGACGCGCAGCGAGAAAACAGAUUCAGUCUGCAAGUGAUGGCGCGAAGGCAAAGCCCAAAGCAACCAAGAAGUCCGGUGGUGCAGGAACGGCGGGAGGGAAAGGGAAGCCAAAAACGCGCGUGCCGAAGCUGAAAGUGGCCAAUGUGGAGACCGGCAAGGAGACGCUGACAAAAAAGAAGGCGCGGGAGCUGGUGCAGGAAAACCGGAAGAAGAAGGCUUCUGCCAAGAAGGAGUCAAAGCUGGCCACCAAGUCAACCCGUGCUGGUGCGGCCACCGCUGCCGUUGUCUCCAGCGAGAUGUUAGAGACAAAACAAAGGACGGCACGGGUGACAAAGGACGAGCUGCCUGCGACUUCCGCCCAGCCAGUGUCGUCGGUGGAGCCGAAGCAGACGCUGACGCAGGCGGAACGUGACCGUGAACUGCUUGCUCGGGCAAUCCGCGGAGACGAUCUGCUCGGCAGCGACGCAGCCACGAGCGUCGCCGAUGGCGCAGCGUUCAUUCGCCAAGACCCCUCGCUCUACCCCGAUCACGCAUUCCUGGACGAUUACGCAGAGAAGAAGCACGCCGAAGCGGUCUCGGCCGACGAGUUGCUAAAGAACGCUCACCACUUUUUCAAGAACCUCAGCAAGCGAGAGCGGGCCCUCAACAAGGUUGCGAAGGAGCACAUUAACCAUCUUCGGGCGGUGAACCGCCGGGGUGGGGAUAAGGAAGGGUUCCGUUAUGUAGUGCCCAAGAACGUAAAGCAGGUGGUGCGAGAGUUACUCUCGGCGCAGAAGGUGCGUGAGGGCGAAGAGGAUUCGGAGUCUCUCAUCGACACCGAGCAGCUGGUGUCGACGUUCGGCGGCGAUGGGGUGGCGGAGACCUCUGAAAAGCCUGUGCGCCGCACCCGUCGUCGACGCUCGCGGACGUACUCGGACUUCUACCAGUUUCAGGUGAGUAAGCGGUGGACUCGAAACGCGGAGAACUUCCUUAAGCGUAGUCGACCAAACAAGCUGCUUUUCGAGGCGAAGAAGCAUCAGCGCACCAUCAAACAUUUUUGA